AUGGGCAACUGGGUAGCCAACGAGGGACUCUCUAGCUUUGUCAUUCUGGUGUGGCUUGGGAUCAAUGCUUUCCUAUUUGUGCACUUUUACAUGGCCUUUCUCACUGAGAGGUUCUACUACACCAGGGUUCUCCUUGGGCACGCCCUGUCAUGGGCCAGAGCCCCUGCUGCCUGCCUCAAUUUCAACUGCAUGCUCAUCCUGCUGCCGGUCUGCCGAAACCUGCUCUCCUUCCUGCGAGGCUCCGUCCAGCGCUGCAGCCGCAGUGCUGCUCGGCAGCUGGACAGGAACCUGACCUUCCAUAAACUGGUGGCGUACAUGAUAGCCUUUCACACCGCUGUCCACAUUAUGGCUCAUCUGUUCAACUUUGAGUGGUUCAUGGGCGGCCAGCUAGACAGCAACAACACCUUGCCCUAUGUGCUGUCCCAGAUUGGCAAUGGAGACAACCGGUCUUUUCUGAACCCCAUCAGAACCAGAGACACUAACCCAACCUAUGUGAUGUUCACCACCAUUGCUGGGCUGACUGGAGUGGUGAUCACUCUGGCUCUGAUCCUCAUAAUCACAUCCUCCAUGGAGGUCAUCCGCAGGUCCUACUUCGAGGUCUUCUGGUUCACCCACCACCUCUUCGUCAUUUUCUUCAUUGGCCUGGUUAUCCACGGAGUUGGGCGAAUUGUGCGAGGCCAAACGGCUGAGAGUCUGAAGCAGCACAACCCAGAGCAGUGUGCCAAAUACUUUGAGACAUGGGGACAGAAUGGCACCUUUUGUCCUGUACCAAAUUUUGCUGGGAACCCACCAAUGACAUGGAAGUGGGUGGUGGGACCAAUGUUCCUGUAUUUGUGUGAGAGACUAGUUCGAUUCUACAGGUCGCAACAGAAGGUUGUCAUCACAAAGGUGGUGAUGCACCCCUCCAAGACCCUGGAGCUGCAGAUGAAGAAGAAGGGCUUCCAGAUGGAAGUGGGACAGUACGUGUUCCUGCAGUGCCCCUCUGUGUCCCAGCUAGAGUGGCACCCCUUCACCCUGACCUCUUCCCCAGAGGAGGACCACUUCAGCGUCCACAUCCGCAUCGUUGGUGACUGGACGCAGGGACUAUACGAAGCCUGCGGCGGAGACAAGCCAGGGUUUCAGGACGCCUGGAAACUACCAAAGAUGGCGGUGGAUGGGCCGUUUGGCACAGCCAGUGAGGAUGUCUUCCGGUACGAGGUGGUCAUGCUUGUGGGUGCUGGCAUUGGGGUCACACCCUUUGCUUCCAUUCUCAAGUCGGUGUGGUACAAGUAUGUCCAUGAGAAUGCCAGCGUGUUCACCAAGAAGAUCUACUUCUACUGGCUGUGCCCUGAGACCCAGGCCUUUGAGUGGUUUGCAGACUUGCUGCAGAGUCUGGAGGGACAGAUGCUGGAGAAGGGAAUGACUGACUUCCUCAGUUACAACAUCUACCUGACCAGGUGGAAGGAUACAGAGGCGGCCCACUUCACAGUUCACCAUGAGGCAGAGAAUGACCCAAUCACCGGACUGAAACAGAAGACCCGAUAUGGGAAACCCAACUGGGACACUGAGUUCAAUACCAUUGGAGCAAAGCAUUCUGGGUCCAAAGUUGGGGUGUUCCUGUGUGGCCCCACUCCUUUGGCAAAAGCCUUAGAGAAACAAUGCCUGGCCCACUCCCUGUCUGGGGUUGACUUCAUCUUCAAUAAGGAGAAUUUCUGAACAUGCAUUGGCACUCCACUCCACUUACUCAAACACCUUCAUCUUCAAGCCUCCUAACCUCCUUGAUGUCAUCACUGUAGAGUCAGGACUGGCUACAGUCAC